CUCAUUGUUGGUUGAAAUGAAUGUUAUUAGUUUGUUUUAAACAGUUUGUGGUAGCCAUAACUGACGUUCGCUCUGACAAUGGCCCGUCAAACCUACAAGAUAUAUGUUGGUAACCUGCCUCUAGGUGUGAAAACGCGUGAUAUUGAAAACCUGUUUUGUAAGUAUGGUCCAAUCGCCGAAAUUGACCUUAAAUCGCGACGUGGACCUCCUUUCGCGUUCAUCGAAUUUGAGGACGAACUAGACGCGUCAGAUGCAGUCAGGGGACGUGACGGUUACAACUUCGAUGGCUAUGCUCUGCGUGUUGAAUUUCCUCGCGGAAAUACAGGAAAUUACAAUAGGGACGGUAGUGGUUAUAACUCGUCAAGGCGCGGUUUCGGCCGGGGCGGUGGGGGCAGCGGCCCAUCCCGACGUUCCGACUUUCGGGUGAUUGUGACGGGUCUACCACCCACCGGUAGCUGGCAGGAUCUGAAGGACCAUAUGCGCGAGGCAGGCGAUGUCGGAUAUGCGGACGUCUUCCGCGAUGGCACUGGAGUGGUGGAGUUUCUAAGGUACGAAGACAUGAAGUACGCCAUCAAGAAGUUGGAUGACUCAAAAUUUCGAUCCCACGAGGGCGAAUCAUCUUACAUUCGCGUACGCGAAGAACGUUCCGGAGGCUCUCGGUCAAGAUCACGCUCGCGCUCCUAUUGUUCACCUCGUCGACCACGUUCUUAUGACUCAGGCUCACGAUCUGUUAGCCCAAGGCGCUGAUAAUUUCCGUUGCAAGCGGUACUACUACUAUGCAUGCAUGUCAUUUUAUGAUCACGUUAAUCUGUUUCGAGUAAAACAUACUGAAAGUCC